AUGCUAAAGGUGUUCACGUCCAGGACGAGUCUUCGCGUGCUGCGCGGCAGUCGCGCUUUGUCCUCGAGCGCCCAGAGCCGAGUGAAGAUUAUCGGGUCGGACGAUGCGUACACGCAGAUUACCACGGAGGGAACGGGUCGCAAGGCGAUCGUGUACUUUACGGCCAAAUGGUGCCCACCUUGCAAGAUGAUCGGUCCCAUUUACGACAAACUGAGUGCCAAGUACGAAGACAUCGACUUUGCCAAGCUGGACGUCGAUGAGCUAAACGACACCACCUCCAAGGCCGGCGUGCGCUCGAUGCCCACGUUUUUCUAUUUCAAGGAUGGCAAGUUCCAGCAGUCGCUCUCGUUUUCCGGCGCGGACGAAGAACUUCUACGUAGCAACGUCAAGCAGUUGAACGACUUGUAAGCUGCAGCCCAACUGGAGCGUGCAAAGAGAAUAAAUACAGACGCAAUCUGCAAACACUA